ACAGAAGUGCAUACAUUCACAGUUUAUUGCCGUUACACAGCGAGGAAUUUCCUUUUAGUAAUUGUAGUUCAAAACCUAAAAUUUCCAGAAUAUCUUGCCUACCAACUCUUUCGGUCGGCAUGUUCAAAAAUAGUGUAUGGUCACUUCAGAAGUAUGCAAAGUUAGAAAAUGGUUCUUGGGUGCAAGUUGAUGGCAAUGGAGAUCUAGACCUCAUAAAACAGGGUCUUCAACUCCUUGUAGUUCAUCAGGGAACUGGUCUUGACUCCAUUACUCUGAACAGUAAUCCUCAUCAACUCAAAGGAUUUUGGAAGGGUAGUACAUUGGCCAUUGCUAUUAAAUACAAGUUGACAACACGCAGAAUAAAAUUUAAAUUUGCAGCUACAAAAAAUCACUCAUCAGUGAUGAACUGUGGUGCCUGUGUUCACAUGCUGAAAAACUACAUGCACAUAACAGACAACACAGGUACAGCUAAACAAGAAACUCUUCAGGUAACAGAGUUGUAUGAGUAUAUACUAAAGGCAAAUUCUAUUGAGAGACCUCUGGUACCAGUUUCAGGUAUACAGGCAGACAAAAGCCUUGACUCUCUCAUUAAAUCCUGCAUACUUGACCCAGGAUUUCCUGAAUUUGUUGAACAAGUGCAGUCAAAGUUGGAAGAAAUACAGAAAAUUUCAUCAUGA